GAAGAUAUAAAAGCUCGGCUCCGCAUCCAGCAGGAUCAAACAAAAUGUCACGAUUGGCCGUUUUGCUUAUCGCCUUCGCUGCCCUCACCGAGGCGGCAAAACUUCCCAAGUCAUGGAAGGUGUGCCGGCGGUCUGACUCCAAGAUGAACGAGUGCCUGAAAGUGGCAACGAAAAACGCAAUACAAGACCUCAAAAACGGCAACCCGCAACUCGGCGUUCUGCCGCUGGACCCGUUGAGGUUCGACCGUCUGAUCCUGGAUCAAGGAUCUGGCCCAGUGAGCAUCAAGUUGGACUUCAGAAACCUCGACCUGAUCGGCAUCAGCUCGGCCAAAGUUGAAAAAAUGAAAGCCGACUGGGCAAAUUAUAAUUUAGAGGCUGAAGUGACAUUCGGCAAGAAAAUCAUGCUGUUGGGCGACUACACUAUCUCAGGAAAAGUUCUCGUUCUCCCGAUUACCGGGGCCGGAAAGUGCAACUUGACCUUCGAUAACUUUGUCGCAAAGUUGGCCGCCAAAGGCCGCGAAGUUGUGAAAGGCAACCAGAAGUACAUGCAAGUGGACAAGUUCACCGUCGCAAUCGAAACGUCGCGGCUCCACGUUUACCUCGCCAAUUUGUUCAACGGUGACAAAACUUUAGGAAACCAAAUGAACAUCUUUUUAAAUGAAAACUGGCAGGAUAUUCUGAAAGAGCUCAAGCCCACCAUCUCAAGUGCUUUUGGAGCUGCAUUCAAAGAGAUUGCAAACCGGGUGUUUUCAAAGAUCCCAAUUAAUCAAAUUGCACCGAUGUAAUGCAAAGUGAUACAACCAAAGACUAUGUGUAUAGUGAUUAUCGAGUAAUUAUUUCUGUGUGAUUUUUUUCUAAAUAAAAGUGUUGUUUUUUCUUUUUA